AUGGCGGCCGACGUCGCGCGCGCGAUGGCGGCCGACGUCUCGGGCGCGCGCGCGCGAGACGACGCGACGGUGGUGACGGAUGGGCCAGACGGCGAACGGGCGACGACGACGGAGAGCCAUGAACCGCACGCGCGCGUGGAGGUGAUGAUACGGGUGCGACCGGCGCUGAAACGGGAGAUGGACGGCGCGCGGAGGUAUCAACGCGCGGUGGAGGCGAGUGGGGACGGACGGAGGAUCGAGGCGAGCGCGCGGUUGCGACGCGCGCGGGCGGAGGACGGCGACGGAUUUCUGACGAGACGGUCGAUGGAGGAAGACAUCGAGGAUGGGACGACGACGAGCGAGGGGAAGACGAAUGCGUUUGAUUUCGAUGGUGUGUUCGACGAGCGGGCGACGCAGGAGGAGGUGUACGAGCGAAGCGCGCGGCCGGCGGUGGUGAACGCGCUUCACGGGUACAACGCCACGGUGCUGGCGUACGGACAGACGGGGACGGGGAAGACGUACACGAUGGAGGGAGAUCGAGGAACGAUGCUGGCAUACGGGCAACAGCGAUUCGGUCUGCCGGGAAACGCGCCGUUGACGGACGGAGCGGAGCGCGGGAUCAUACCUCGCGCUAUUGAAGAUAUUUUCGAUUACAUCGCCAAGGACUCGCACGCGCGCUCAAAGUAUCUGGUGCGGGUGAGUUACCUGCAAAUAUAUAACGAAACGGUGAGCGAUCUCUUGAAACCGGAGCGAACGAGUUUACAAAUUCGCGAGGAUAAGAAACGCGGCGUGUUUGUCGAGGGACAGUCCGAGUGGGUGGUACGAACGCCGAGCGAGAUUUACAGCUUGCUCGAGCGCGGGGCGCAGCUUCGAGCGACGGGGGCGACGAAGAUGAACGACGUCUCCUCGCGAUCGCACGCUGUGUUCACGAUCAUCAUUGAGCAUAGUACGAUCGAGGAUGAGGAGACCGAGGACGGUGGAGGGUCGCUCGUGCGGAAGCAAAGCGUCACCGUCGGUAAGCUCAACUUGGUGGAUUUGGCGGGAUCUGAGCGCGUUUCUCUCACCGGGGCCACGGGUAAGCGGCUCGACGAGAGUAAGAAGAUCAACCAGAGCUUAUCGGCGCUCGGUAACGUCAUCAGCGCCCUGACGGAUAGCAAAGGGCGCCCGCAUAUUCCUUAUCGCGACUCAAAAUUGACUCGCAUUCUCGAGGACUCACUCGGCGGCAACUGCAUCACGACCGUGAUCGCCAUGGUUUCACCAGCGCUCGAAGCGUACGCGGAGUCGUUGUCGACGCUCAAGUUCGCGAGUCGAGCGAAGGAGAUAAAAAACAGGGCCAGGCUGAACGAGGACUUGGAUCAGAAAUCUCUCCUUCGCAAGUACGAGAGAGAGCUGAGGCAGUUGCGCACCGAGCUCGAGACGCGAACGAAAGAUCUGGUCGACAAACGGCGGUUAUUGGAGGCUGAUGAACAACGACGUCGCGCCGAGGCGGAUAAACUGCGAGCGAUCACCGAGCUGGAGAUGCGAUCACAGGAGUUUCUCGUCGAGAAGCAGGAGAAAAGAAACUUGGAGAAGCGCAUCGCCGAUAUGCAGAGUCAGCUGCUCAGCGGUAAUGACCCAACGAGCGUGGCCGCUAUUCGUGAAGAGUACGAGCGUAAACUCAGAAGCAUCGAAACCGAACGUUCCGAGGCCCUAGAGGUCGAAAGAUACAAGGCUGUGCUGGUCAAGCAGAGGGACAUCAUGCUCGGUCUCACGGCCAGACUGCGGGAGCGAGAUGAGCGAAUCGACGCACUGCAGGAAGAGGUUCGGGCUAACGAGGAACAAAAGGCUUUGCUCGAGGACGCGCUCGAUGAAAAGACAGCCGAACUAUUGGGCAUUAAACGUGCGGCGGUGAAAGAGACGUUGCACGCACAGUUCAGCGCGAGUGGCGGCUUCCGCGCCGCCCUCGGUGGAUGGAUCGGGAGCGAGUCAGAAUCCGAAUCCGCGAGCGCGAAGGUAAUCGAUGCUAACGCCGCGGCAGAGGAAAUAAACCAGUUGCGUGCGAAAGUAGCUUUACUCGAAACGCAAAAUAACGAGCGCCUAGACGCCCUACAAGAGGUAGAGGCGGAUAAUGCGCGAUUACGUUUGGAGCUUCUCACCACUGAACGACGAAACGAUUCUGCGAACAAUAACGCGAAGUGCGAGCAACUUGAGGCAAAGUGCGCUUCGUAUGAGCGCGAACGUAACGCGCUUCGAACGAUUAUAGAAUCGAAAAUUAGCAACCUGGCGUCCAAGAUCGCGGAAACGGUGGAGAAGCUCCCGAGUUCCGUCAAAGAGAACUCCGAGCAAGGCGGGCGUUUGUCUCGUCUCUCACACGUUCUCGAAAGGCUUGUGGAUGCCACGCUAGUGGCACUGGAGGAAGACGAUCGCUCGAAGUACUAA